UCUAGUAAACUUUUCUUUAGAUUUUAACAUCUAGCAGUUAAAUGCUUAAAAAAUAAAUAAAAUCAAGACAAAUGACGAUCAUCUUUAACCUUUUCAGAAUGUUACUAUUCGUAAUUAAAAGCUUAGAAACGUCACGCUUCGCAAGCAUUUUCUAGUGUCGCUGUCGAUUCGAUUAGUAGAUAACCAAAUUGUCUAGCUAGAGGAUCAAGGAAGGAAUUUAGUCUGGGACUUUAAUUGAUCUGGCCAGUAAUUUGGCGAAAAAUGUGAUCAACCGGCGACGAACAUAAUCGGAUGAAGUUUUUACGGUUAGCCUCUAAACCUAUAAUGGCUAUAGCUAGUCUUUUUUAGUAAAAAAAUAAUAGUGGUUAGGUAUAUGUUUCUCUCCAUCAAACGCAAAAACAUAAUAUUGAAAUCAGUUUUGUAUAUAAAUCAUAUUCGGUCCUCUUGAACAAGAAUUGCAAAGGUAUUUAAUAUUGAACAAUCAUGUCAGAAGAAAAACUUUAGAUUAACAGACAACAAUCUUCCUCGACUGUCUCCAUCAAAAGUUUUUUUACAACAUUAAAAAAACACGUACGCAAAACUUUAUAUUUAAAACAUGUUUCUCUAAACACGUCGUCUACUUCUCACGUGGCUGUCUUACACAAAAUACACAGGGUUAUAUAUACACUAUGUUCAAAAACUACGAUUCAGGUGCAACAAAUGUCAAAGUUUCCUACAUUUUAUAUUUAAAUUUUAUGUCAAAAUUUUUGAGAGUUUUGUUUGGUACAUUCUGAAAACAUAUACUUACACGUUUUAAGAAAUUUGUUGAAUCACUCAACUUAUUAAAUCAUUUAACCGUAUGCUGCAUCUUGCUAGUAGUCUGUGACACAAAAACUUUAUUAAAUUUACGAGACGGCAGAAGUUGGUGCCAUAUUCAUCCUUGCAAAUCUCUUCACUGUCAGUUAGUCAAAAAUUAUAUAUAUGGAAAGGUUCAUGGUGGACACGAGAACGAACUAACUGGCUGUCAAGAAAGCGUGUAAUAAUAAUAAUUAAUCAUAACAUUAAAAUUACAAUAAAUUACUUUGCUGCAUAUUAACCGUAACUCUGUAUGUUGUCAAAAUUAAGGCAUUUUUUGAUAUUAAUGAUGACGGUGUCAUGGUGUGCAAUUGAACUUGUUUUUGUUACAAUGCAGUCUGUAUCUUUUCAUUCGGAAUUAUUUUUAUAGAAGUCCAUUAAAAUUGAGUCGUGCAACUGCGACCGACUGCUCGCAGUCGCUGCAUGUAGUGUUGCCAUGUGGUACAUGUAGGUUUGAUACAGGUUUAGCCUUGUUUUCGUAGGACCAGCAAAAUUUUUCUUUUCGGCUUUUCCGAUACAUACGAGUACAUAAUAGACAAAAGGCUUUCGGUCUAUGUUUUGUGGUGUUUGCCUGCAAGACAAAAAAGUAAUAGAGGAUGUCGGUCUCUUGUCUAGCUUUUAUGGACUAAUGUCUGAGAUUAUUCAAAGCCAUGACCGUCUUUUAUAAUUUAAAAGAUGACAACUCUAGCAUAUGCCGGCAGUAUGCAGUUGCGGUCUGCAGCCUAUUAAAAAAAAGUACCUUUUAUUAAUUCUGGUAAAGACGUCCUUAAACUUCAACGAAGAUAAUUUUAUUGUACCGAUCACAGCGAUAAAUUAAAAUACGUAAUUAUACUAGGAAAUAUGACAUUGGAUUUCUUUCAAGUCAAUUGAGAACUGCUUUCAUGUACUAUCAGAAAUUCCCAACGUGCAAUACCUACCUAUUUUGCAGUGGUGAAUGACCGGGUUGCGUUGUCAUGCGACAGUCAAAACUACUUGUCGAGUUCUUUUAAAAGCUGUUUCCUUUAAAAGCCUCUUUUGAUUUUUUCCUUUUUCAUUUUUCGUAAAAUAGUUAAAAAAGCUUUUUCACUAAUUUCACAACCAGUAAACUGAUUAUACUUUAGGAUGGCAUAUUACAUUAAAGAAAACUGGUUUAUGGGAUAUACUUAUUUUUAAAUCUUUCUUAAACUUAAAUAUACGGAGCAGUAAGCAUUUAUUUGUUUCUGUGUAAUUGAUUUUGAAUUUUCAAACCGGUAUUUCAAACUAAAAACAAAACUCUAUGAAUAAAACAGCAUCAACAAAAAAUCUGUUUGUAAAUGCAACAUUUUGCUAAAAUAUAGCACAUAAUACAGAAGCUGAACUAUGUAACAAAUUUUGUGUCAUAUAACUUGAAUAACGCAGACUUGAUUUUAAAAACGUUUAUGUCAAUUUCAGUACAAUACAUGUUCGUGAUUGGUUUUACGUUUUACUUUACGUCAGUAUUGAAGCUCUAACUUAACCGUGACGGAUGUUAUAAACGAGAAACUCUGUUUACGACACCCGGCCUUCGACGUUUUCAGUGAUUUGUCAAUUUGAAUAGGACUUCUCGAAAUCUUUAACGAGAUGUAUGACUUCCAAUAAAGUAUCUAGACGGUUUUGAGUGAUAACCUCUUUUAUGUUAUGAAUGCUCGCUUAGUCAUUAUCAUCAUGCAUCAUGUCAGUAAUCCUACCUGAGUCAUGUGAUAUGACAGUGGUGCAGUACCUAUAAGUAUGCUCUAGGUUUUCAGUUAAAAUAUACAUUUCCGUAAUUAAUUUCUUAUAAAACAUAAUUGUUAAUUUUAUUGUCCUCCUAGCGAUUACACAAUACUUUGAAGAUCAGUAUCUAUCUCAUUAUUUAAUCUGUCAAACUAUAUUUAUAAAAAAAAAAAUCGAUUUGUUGAUCCCAUUAUAUUAAUUAUGAUUCAGACUUUUUGGCAGUGUCAACUAGUCUAAAUCUGUAACCAUGCUGUGGAAGAUCGGUGCUCUCUUGUUAAUAUUACCAAAACUUUUUCUUAAAGAUAUAUUAACCACUGUGUUAUUUGGAGGCUUUUUUUUAUUUAUUUGUUCAUUAGUAUCCCGCACACGUGGACCUUCGUGUAAACAAAACUUUAGCGAUCAUUUCAGAAGUGCAGGCUUGCACUGCGUGCAUUAUGUGCAGCGACGAGCUGUUCAGCCGUUAAACAAAACAAUGACAUACAACCUUGGCGCUAGUCGGUCGCGCAUGACGUAGACAUGGAAACAAUUUUUCUCCUAUUUACACCGCAAACAGUUGUGACGGCGCAAGAGCAGACGCUGUCGCGCCAGCGAGCCAACAUCACGCGCUGAACGGUUCCUAUUUUUAUAUCAAAAGGGGCACGCUGACCCGAUUGUAUUCAUUAAACCGUACGACUGAGUAGGAGCGCGCCACCUAUAAAGAUAUGAUUCGGCUUUAUCGUGCGCGAUAACUCUACCGAUAUAAUGGACGUUGACGUAAACGUAUCAGCACGAAAAUGUUCAGUUUUGAAUUCCUAAAGCGCUGGUAUCACGAUGGAGAUAAAGAGUCGGACGGUCCGUCGGAGAGCGGCGACACCACGUCCGAGUCGACGCAAGGUCCACCCAGUGAGCCUGCACAGGAAAAAGAAAUCUUGGACAGUCUGCGGCCGGUGUCACCGGAGGCUCCCACCAGUAGUAGCAGCGGCCCACAACGGUUCCUCAAGAUCAACGUUCGCCAUAUCACAGAUGGACAGGGUGUAGUCUCAGGCGUGCUAUUGGUGACGCCCAACGCUGUGAUGUUUGACCCUAACGUGUCGGACACGCUGGUGAUGGAACAUGGUCCGGAAUCGUAUGGCGUCAUAGCGCCCAUGGAGUAUGUCGUCAACGCGGCCAUAUUCUAUGACAUUGCGCAUAUGCGCACGCACGGUCCAGACCACAAUAACACGCACAAAACUGAGCAGCCUGAAAUCUACUAUAUGAAUAAGUCGGAACAUUCACCUGGAAAAGACUCACUUCUAGUCAAAGACGAGACGUUCCCCGAGUUGCAGGCGGCGGGCGGGGAGGGAGAGACAGACGAGCGGCCCACGUCGGCGGACGCUGAUGAGCGUGGCGGCGCGGCGUUCCCCAAGGCGUUCGAGCGGGAACUUGUGACUCCUACUGCAUUACAGCAACAGACCGCUGAGGAUAGGCGGAAAUCCUUACUCGACCAUCACUGGGCGAUCCCAAGUAAAGACAGGAUGUCGAUCGACCAAGGAAGCGAGGUAUCGUCUACUGAGCAAACCAAAGAAGAAAGUCUCGAAGCGAGCGGCCCCCGUUCUCGAGUAAACAGCACCGCGGGCGACGUACCAGAAGUGCCAGAAAUACAAGACGCCCCUGCAGACGACGCGCAAUAUCUAGUGAAACUGUCCUACCACGACUCCGGCAUCGACAUACGAGACCCCCUGCUUCAUGUCACGCCCACUAACGCUAAAAAGGUAUACAGCGACGCGGAUAUCGUUCUAUCGGCCGAGUGGGUGCCGCCCGUAUGUCUUCCGCGAACCGAACCCCCCCUCUCUGCUCCGCCUCUGGGUGAGAAUGACAGAGUGCCGAGAAAACCGGCAGCUGUGUCUUUCUCACUCGACGGCAACACGCAUAAGGAAGACGCGUCCAAACCUGACAAGAAAAAUAAGAUGCUGAAGCGUCUCUCAUACCCAUUAUCCUGGGUAGAAGGGCUGACCGGUGAAGGUGCGCCCGCGCAAGGAUCUCAAUCAGACUCCCUACCCACUUCGGCCGAUAGCCAUAAUUCCACUAGCGUUUUCUCCAAAGUAUUCAACAGCUCGCCCAUGAAUUUAGUAGAGUUCGGCACGGGCCUGUUCCUGAGUAAGACGCCGUCAGAGGAAGCGCCGCACGACGCGCUCGGCUCCGGGCGCAGUUCAUUGGGCGGUUUCGGCCGAUCACACACUAAGUCAACGUCGUCGACGAGCUCCACGCAGCCGCGGCUCGACUACCGGAGUAUGGUCUCUGUGGACGAUAUGCCUGAUCUGUUCGCUUCUUUUGAUAAAUUAAUACCGCGGCCGGCGCGGCCCAGCGACGAUCCGCCCUUGUACCUGCGCCUGCGCAUGGGUAAGCCGGCUGGCCGCCCGCUGCCGCGGACCACGCCGCUCAUGUCCUACGGCCGCAAGCGGAUGAAGCCCGAGUACUGGUUCGGAGUACCCAGGAACAGGGUGGAUGACCUAUUCAAGUUCCUAACUCACUGGGUGCCGGACCGGUACGGACCUCUGGGCGAUGUCUCCGCGCAAGGUUACGAGCUCAUCGACAGCGACACCGAGUGGGACGAUGACGAAGCAAAGCCGGGUCAUAAGGGUGAGCGGUCCGGCAGCUCAGGAGACGUGUCGGAUAUCACAAGAGAAUCAUGGGAGGUAUUGUCGAUGAGCGAUGAGCUGCGGCGUGCGCUGUACUCGUCGGGCGCCUCCAUUGACAUGGAGUUCUCCCCGCCCGACCUUAUCGGAACAUCAGAGAUAUUCACCAUGGAGCACAGAGAGAAGAUCUGCACAGUUUUACCGGCGCGCGCGCAAGGCUACAUGUGGUCGUUGGCGUUCAGCACAAGCCAGCACGGGUUUUCGCUCGCUUCCAUGUACCGCAAGAUGCAGCGCGUCGACAGCCCCGUGCUACUCGUCAUACAGGACACGGACAACAACGUGUUCGGUGCGUUGACCUCGUGCGCGUUACACCCGUCCGAGCACUUCUACGGCACGGGCGAAUCUCUGUUGUUCUCUUUCCAACGCGUGGAGGAGUCGCGCAGGCCGUCUCACUCUGACGAUCGGGACAAGGAGAAGGAGGGGAAGGAGGAGACAAAAGAAGACGCGACGAAGGACGAGAAAGGAGAUCAACUACCACCAGUAAAAACCAAAUUUAAGUAUUGGGGGUGGACUGGCGAAAACAUGUACUUUAUUCGAGGAAGCAGCGAUAACAUAUCUAUUGGCGCUGGCGAUGGCAGGUUUGGCAUUUGGCUGGACGGAGAUUUGUACCUGGGGCGCACGCAGCGCUGCACCACGUACGGCAACGAGCCGCUCACCACGCGCGAGGACUUCAUCGUCAAGAUCAUGGAGUGCUGGACCUUCAUCUGAACAGUCCCCAGCGCCCACUCUCUCACUCUCAAAUCAAAACAAGCUUUAGAUCUAUCUUAUGAAAAUUUGCUACGAACAUUUGACACUUUUACAAAACCAAAUUGAGAAAAAAAAACAACGCAGACUCGACGUCAAGAGUCUGCGCAUCGAUUUUGUACUCGCAUUGCGACUCGAAUGCUCGGUCGUUUGCCCGCGUAUCUAGUCGAAUGCGAACUGAACCCGACCAAUAUUGUACAUCCUUCUCGGAUAUCCUUAGAUCGGAUGAGUGCCGCUCGGGCGCGGACGAGUGCGAUGAUCCUAGUCAAUUGUCUAUCGUAUGUAAGUUAUGAGCGCGGCCACGGUGCCGGUGGCGACCUCUGCAACACAGGCCGAUGUUACGUGUCAAUUCAUACAAUUAAAAAUAUUGUGCGUUGUUGUUAAUUGAUUAAUGUAAUGAAAAACAUAUUUGUAACGAUUGAGAAUCAUUAUUAUUAAAUGAUGUAGAAAUUUAUAUAUUCUAACGAAUGAAUCAUUGUGUUAGGCGGCAUCGUUAGUGUCCUCCAGUGUUGAACAUCGACCUAGUAUCAGCAUAAUGUUCGUGCGAAUCCAGCCAGGGUCGUGCGUUGGCCGUAUCGCGAAUGAAUCGCGGGCCAGGCGUGUGUGUAUUCUUGCCGACCUAUAGCGGAGCGUCCCGACUGAAUCGUGAUUAGAAUUCAAUAUUCUCUAAUGUUUAGUGCUGGAAACACUUAGCAGUAUCAAAAAAUAUAUUUUAUUUGUGUAUGUAGUGUAUUUGGUGUGUUAUGUUAUCUUGUAUGUUUUGAGUCAUAAUAUUAAGUUAGUGAGCAUAAUUAUGUUACACUUUCACUGUGAUUACUAUUAUGGUUGCAUUUUGUUAUAUUAAUAAAGCGUUAUCACAUUGUCAGUAGGUGACUGAACGUUUAAUUGAUUAGUUUCUUUGAUCGCAUUCGCCAUAGGCAUCGAUGACUGGUGGAUUGAUCUUGAAAUACCGCCAAACAUUUAAAGUUUGUUAAUUAAAUGUUUAUUCACUGAUAUAAUAAAAAAAUAAAUAAUUUAUUUUUGUGAUAAUAAGCUUCAUUACGGAGAUGAGUAGCAGUAUGUAAUAUUGAUUAGUGGAGAUAUUUUAAAAUAGUUACCUUAGAAGCUUGAUGAAUGUAAUCGUCAUUGUGCUUAGUAAUUGUGUCACUUAGCAUGAUGUAACUCGGGUGUACCUGGUCGUGAUCACUAUUUAUUUUACAGUUGAACUAUCAUUUGACAAUGUACCUAAUUGAACCUCACUCAUUUUCUGUAUGUAAGUAUAUACGAAAUAUUCUCUGUCAGAUCUUAUAAAAAUUAUCUAUUUUUAUGAGUGACCAUGCAACAUUAUUCAUAAAAUAAUACAGAAAGUACAAUGAACUAAGGUAAAUAACUGGUAUGUAAAUGACGUUGUAAUAUCAUAUCCAAAUAUUAUUAAGCAGUUUCCGACCGCGUGUACGUCUGCAUGCAUAAUGAAAUAUUUUGGCUUCGAUAUUGUUUGUGUACAACAGAAAUGUCGUAAAUAACUUAAGUUUAAAAAAACUAUAUCGGCAUAAUUAUUGUUAUAAAUUUAUAAUCACUAGACUUGUUGAGUAGCAAUGAGAAAUUUAAUAUUUAUUUAUUGUGUUAUAAUUAUUACGAUCGCUGUAGCUGCAUUACUUAAUUGGUGAUUUAUUAUGUAAUUUAUAAGUUGUUAAAAUGUAAAUCAAGCCAUAAUAACUGAGAAUAUAUUCUUUUGAGAAAAAUAUCUUUUUAUUUGCUGAAAUAAUACAUUGUCCUCUUAUUACUAGAUGUGUAUAUUGAUAUUAUUGUCGAUAAUAUCUACCAUGACUUGGUCUACUGUUAUCCAUAUUGUAGUCAUUGUAACCUCUCUGCUCGUAGUUGUCUCUCCUGCCAUAGUUGCCCCUUCUUUCGUAGUUGUCUCGUCUGCCCUGAUAGUCUCUUCUGUCUCGGUUGUCCCGCCUAUCAUAGUCCCUGUUACCCGAGCGUUCAUAUGGAUGGUUGCGCCUGUUGUUUCUUCGAUCGUUCCUGCGCCCUGAGUUCUGUGGCACCCACCAGGACGUUAUAACGGGGGGUAUAGACUUUUCAGCAUUGAAUACUUUCAUAAACUCUUCAUCUUUCCCUGUAUAUCUGUCUUUAAACUCAACCUCACACUGUUCCAAAAAUUCUUUGUCUUCAGCAGAGAGAUUUUCAAAUGAUGCCAUGUUUAGUUUGACAAUCUUGGGUGAACAAUCAGGGAAUCUACA